AUGGCUCUUCAUAUUCAUGAAGCCUGCAUAUUUCUGUUGCUAAUUCCUACUUUGGUCACUCCAGCUGCCUUCAACCAUGAAGACUACCCUGCUGAUGAAGGCGAUCAAAUCUCAAAUAAUGAUAAUAAUCUGAUCUUUGAUGACUAUCGAGGGAAAGGUUGUGUGGAUGACAGUGGUUUUGUAUACAAACUGGGAGAGCGUUUUUUCCCAGGUCACUCCAACUGUCCGUGUGUCUGUACUGAGGAUGGGCCUAUUUGUGACCAACCAGAAUGCCCCAAAAUCCACCCAAAAUGUACUAAAGUAGAAAACAAUGGAUGCUGUCCGGAAUGCAAGGAAGUGAAGAACUUUUGUGAAUACCAUGGGAAAAGUUACAAGAUCCUAGAGGAAUUUAAGCCCUCUCCGUGUGAAUGGUGUCGCUGUGAGCCCAGCAACGAAGUUCACUGCGUUGUAGCAGACUGUGCCGUCCCUGAAUGUGUCAACCCAGUCUAUGAACCAGAACAGUGUUGUCCAGUCUGCAAAAAUGGUCCAAACUGCUUUGCAGGAACCACCAUCAUUCCGGCUGGCAUCGAAGUGAAAGUGGAUGAGUGUAACAUCUGUCACUGUCACAACGGGGACUGGUGGAAGCCUGCUCAGUGUUCCAAACGUGAAUGCCAAGGCAAGCCAGCUGCAUAG